AUGGACGAGUCUGGCACCAUCAACCCCGCCGCCUUGAAUGCUGCGUCAUCUGCUACCAUCGCGCCAAACCUUCUGUCGCAGCCGAGCCCGCGUGGAGUGAAGAGAGGCAGGUCGCCGGAGGCCGAGGAAGGCGCGCAAAGCCAAGAGGCAGGAGCAGACGGCAUCAAGUCCAACAAGCGGAGCAAGGCCAUCAAGACUGAACCAGGCAUGGCUCUCGCAUUGCCCCAGCAGGUCAUGCAGACACCACGGCUCGACACACAGGCGUUGCCACAGACUUCGCCACAACGGUCGACUCCAGGAUCUGCUACCAAGCCUUCCGUGGUCAAGGCGCUGCCAACUGUUCGAGACCAUACCACUGACCAGCUCAGUCCAGAAGGCGAUGAGUACAUGCCUCGUGAGACAGAUGCAUCUGGAGAGACCAAAGUUUCUCCCGACGGCUACCCUCUGGACGAGCGCAAAUACCGGUGUCGAACUUUCCAAGUACCAAACCGCGGAGAGAAACUGUUCAUGCUUGCCACUGAGUGUGCCCGUGUGCUUGGUUACCGCGACUCUUAUCUUCUGUUCAAUAAGAAUCGAUCGUUGUACAAGAUCAUCGCCAACCAGACCGAGAAGGAUAAUUUGAUACACCAGGAAAUCUUGCCAUACUCGUAUCGCUCACGACAAAUAGCAAUUGUCACUGCGCGGUCGAUGUUCCGGCAGUUUGGUGCACGUCUCAUCGAGGGUGGGCGGCGUGUGCGAGAUGACUACUGGGAAGCUAAAGCACGGAAACAGGGCUUCACAGAAGAGGAUCCGGCCGGAGAGAAGCGACCUGGAGCUGCGAAAGCGAGAGAAGUCGCCGCUGCGGAGGCUAGUCAUAACGCCAUGACUUUACCACAAGGAGAGAUCAUCUACAGCAACGGCCCAGGUAUGGACGGACAUCUACUUGGCAUGCAUCUGGUCUCACUUGCGCCCGCUGCACCGUUGCCGAUGAUCCAUAUACCAGGCGAUGAAAUGCGACCUGGCAGCGCUUACGGUAACAUCAUCCGACCGAGGCAAGAGAUCACGGGCGCGCCUUAUCAGGACCGUAUGCCUUCGAGCAAUAGUAACGACAUUCUUGCCCAAGCGCAGCAGGCGGCUGAGUACACUAAGGCAUUAAGUACCACCCGAGCUCACAGAGCAGAUUAUCUUGACAAGUACUGGAGCCGGCCGCAUGAACAGCCAGUCACGCAAGCGGAGACUGCCCCAGGAGAAGGCACGAGCGCUGCCCAGCAUUUGCAAUCGCCUCAAGCAGUAGCCGAAAUGGCACAACCUCGUCUGCAGGAUCAUGCAUCGCAUGCCAGCUCCCAGACGCUACCUCAAUAUCAGACCCAUCAGAACCCUAUGACUUCCCCAGUCCAGCAGAUGCAUCGACAAGUCCCUCAAGGCCAGCUUCACCAAGGAUCUCCCUCGAUGGGCAUGGGUGCAGCAUCUGGUCACCGUCAAACACCAUCCUACGGGUAUGGCACGGGCCAGAUGUGGCAACAGCCACUACCACAACCGUCGCCGCUGGCACAGGGGCAUCCUUUACAGCAAUAUGCACAACAGCAGCAUGCUUCCCCCAUGCCGCCGCCGCAGAUGCCAGGUCAAGGCAUGUCGUAUGGUCAAAUGAGCCAGAUGAACGCGAGUGCCUAUGGUGGGUCCAUCAAUCGCGGCAUGUACCAGCCAUCGCCGAGUCCACAGCAAUAUAAUAUGGGUGCGAUGUCGACCGCAGGACAGCAGCCUAACAUGCAAGGUUGGACCACUCCGAGCUCAAUGGCUCCGCGGGGUUGGGGAUACCAAUAG